AUGUCGUUUUCAAAAGCCAAGAUCCAGAGAUUCAACGAAUUUAAAAACAACGUCCCUCCGCCAGGAACGUACGACCCAAAAUUCGAUGUUAAGGUCAAAGGGUCAGUGAUGGAAAAAUCGGGGAGAUUUAACGAUAACAAAAGCGCGGUCAGUGCGGAAUGCAGUUUAUCAAUUUCUAGCAAAAGUACUGGUAAUGUAGUAGCGAUUUUCAGCACGCCACAACCUCCGCGGACGAAAAUUACUACAAGACCGUGCUCAAAGACGAAGCUCCGCGCGCUCGUUUCGUCUUGCGAUAGCAAGUUAAAAUAUAAAUCAGAACACCAGCUCGCUGAUCUUCAAAUAGAAUGCGAAAACAAAAAUAAAACUAUACAAGAACACGAGAAACAUAUGGAGGAAAUGAAGGAAGGACAGCGGAAUCUGGAGUCACAAUUGGAAGAGUUACGUAGAAAGCAAACGGAAGUGGAUGAUCAGUAUAGAAAAGACAUAGAAACAAUGGCUACGUUGCAGCUGGAAGUGUUAAAUAAUUACGAUGAGCAGCACCAAGCGGAAAUGGAGAACCUUCGUUGCCAAUUUUUAGAAAUUUCGGAGGAGAAGGAAGAUGAAAUUCGGGCUAGAAAAACUAUGGAGGGCGAUCUUAGGAAUCGGAUCGAGGAUUUAACGAAAAGCAUAACCAUAUUAGAGUCUGAAUUGGAAAUGAAGAAACAGGCCAACAAGGAAAAAGUUCAGAUGCUGGAAACAAAGAUUGAAAAGUUGGUAAUGAAGUUGGAGAAAUUAAACGAAACUCAUAAACAGGAAGUUAGUUCGUUAGAACAAGAAAAGUCUGAUUUAAAUUCAUGCAUUAGUAGUUUGACUGAUCAAAUAGCUGAAUGUGAAGAACGAUUGAGGAAAACGAUUGCUGACAGCGACAAGAAAAUAAACGCAAUGAUCAGAGAAGCAACGAUUGCUGUGGAAGAAGACAUGCGACUUACCGCGGAAAGGUAUAAAACAUGUCUAGUUCGAGUAGAAAAAGAACGGGCGGAAUUGGAUGAAAAGUUAGUACAGAAAGAUACUGAAAUUACUAGACUUUCAGUAAUCCUUGAAGAUCUGAAGACAUCUGCUGAAACCCAAGAGAGCUUCGGGCAGAGUUUGCAAAUGGAGCUAGAUCGAGCAGAGACUGAAUUAGCAGAGAAGAAAGAAGAGCUGAGGGCUCUGAAGGAUCAGAUUAGAGCGGAAGCAGCGGAAAUGGUGGCGAGAAGAAAAAGAUUUGAAGUCAUAAUGGCUGAAAAUCAAGCUUCAGUUGCCGCCUUAGCUAAACGUUUAGCUCAAAGUAACGCUGAAGUAGAAAGACUGCAACGUGAAUUGAAACGCGGAGAAGACUGCAUAAACGAGCAUCGGAAUUUAUUAAACAUUAUGCGCAACAAUUCACAAAUGGUACAUGUACAAGUGCAUGCGUUAAUGGAACAGUUAGACGUUAAGAAAGGAUUGGUUAAUCAACUGGAAGUUGAAAGUUUAAGCGAAGUUGAAGCAAUCAGGUCGAUUUUUGAAGCCAAAAUUGAAGACUUACGACAAAUAGUGUCGAAAGAAGUAACGAAAUUGCAAGCCGAUUGUGAAGCAAAAGACGCUCAAAAUAUCGAGAUGAAAAAUCAACUUCAUGAAAUGGCUAAUCAUCUCAAUGGAGCACAAGAUAUGUUGCUAGAAUUAGAAGAAAGGAAUGAUGCUCAGGAGCUCGAAAUUUCACGAGCGAAUUUGCUCAGUUGUAAGCUUAAUGAACAAUUGAAGAAAAGUAAUUUAGCUGUGGAAGAGACUAAUCAGUUGCUGGAUACACAAUCUAUCAAACAUAAAGCUGCUAUAGAUGAGGUAAAUAAAAGAAUUCAAGAACUUUCAAAUACGAUUAAGGCUCUCGAGAAGAUGGAUGGCGUUGCACAAGAUAAAACUGAAGCAUUUGAAGAAGAAAAAGUUCGACGAGAAACAGCCGAAGAGGAAGUCAAAAAAAUCCUUGAACAUAACGCGCGUCUUACGAAGGAUCAUCAAGAAAUUAGCAAAAAAUAUGCUGAGCUAAUUGGUCAUCAGAAUCAUAGGCAAAGAAUCAAGCACGUGUCUCAGUUAAAAGAUAAAAUUAACCAAUUGGAGCAGGAUUUACAUGUCAAGGCGAAGAAGAUAGAACAACAACAGAAAACUAUUGAAAAAUUGAAAAUGGAAGAAAAACGUAUGCAUAACAAAGGGAAGGAAAAUGUAAUAGGUGUUUCGAAGAAUGCACAUACUACACCUGUUUCAUCCCCACUUAAACCAUUAACACCUCUGAGAAAUAGAAAUGAUUAG